CCUCAACCGCGUUACAACCUACCCUCAAGUUUGAAGCUUAUAUGACGUCCAUAUCGGUGACGUCUGCAGUUCAAGUUUCAACGCUCAACCUUUAUCGAUUAUCACCAAACGAUGUCUUCUCUGAGUCGUUCCCAGCUCCUUCAAUCUGCUACUGCGUUUUGCGAUGUAUUUGCCCAGAAAAAAGACUUAAAUGUCAUCUUAUCCCAUUUCAGCACCACGCACCAAGUUUCAGCUGUCGAACAUGGUGAAAAGGCUUUGGCUCCGUUUCUGGGCAGGUCUUUUGAAGGUCUAGAUGGUAUUCGGGCGUACUUUGAAACCAUUGCCGCUCUGCUCUCGUACGAGGACAUGGAAUUCUCGGAAUUUACGGUCGACACGGAAGCUAGGAGAGUGGCUUGUAAAGGCAAGGCAAAAUUCACCUGGAAUCAGACAAAGGAGAGUUGGGAUGAGAUGUUUGCGUACCUGUUAGACUUUGAUGAUAGUGGCAAAAUUACACACUAUCAGGUAUGGGCAGACUCUGGUGCAGCGUAUCUUGCGAGAAACGGACAGCUGGACAAGAUUAGAAAGGGUGAGUCGUAGCUACGGUGCAACUUUAUCAAUCCAUCGUACUACAUUAGGUGGAAGUGUCUAAACACAAAGAAUCUUUACAUAUGCUGUCGACUUCAUAAUAAAAUUACUUACCUUCCCUUGACCGGUGUCAUCAAAUAAAUCGAGGCGAUAAAAGUUCAUAAAACAUCGCUGUCGUCCGUCGGUGGGCGCUUAACAGCCUUAA